CCACCCUAGCUGACAUGCCACUCGAUGCCAAUAGAAAUAUGUCUGCCACGAACCAAGUGACGCGGACUACGAUCCAGCUGUACCGGGACUGCUUGCGUCUGGCCAAGCACAUCGGUGGCAAUAGCAAGAAGGGCCAAGCCAUCAAGGAGCUGGUGCGACGGGAGUUCGACAAGGGCCGCAGCGAGACGGACCCGGAGAAGAUCGAGGCGCUGAAGGCCAAUGCCGUCCGCGGACUGAGCAACUACCUGAUGCUGGCCAACUCGAGCAAGGACCAGCGGCUGCACGACGCCAUGAACAAGAAGUCGCCGCCCAAGGACGACGGCCCCGAGCAGGCAGAGUACCGGGACCUGUAAGUUAGAGCGGCUUCCACGUGCUAAAGCUUUGCGGUUUGCUCUGCAGUCCGCUAUCAAUCAACCUUGACCGCCGUGUCUAAAAGCCAGCGUUUUCGAUUGCCCUUGACAACGACGUCAACCUGUAGGAUCAAACCCGCAAGGAAUGUAGCUGCGUUGCAAUAACGAGAGGUUGACCUUCUCUGACAGCAGAGACACAUUGGAAGUGCCAACUUGACACACCCUGUGCUUGUGGCUCAAGAAUGCUUGGCAGUGCACAGUUGGUUCCAAUGCACCAACCGUGCAAGAUAGGACUGACGGAGAGUCGGACGCAUUUACAUACUAUAGAAAUGGUGUGGAAUCCUGAUAUCCACAGUGGGUAUCAGGUAGCUGCACUGAGCUUGAUAUCUGCGGCAGUCUGUAGGGACUACAUGUAGUCUCAAACUCGCAGUUGUACAUCCGCCGCAUAUAAUGUAUUAUCGUCGUGUUAGCAUGGUCAAGUCCUUUUGAAUGAGAUCAU